AUGGCGUACUGCUCGUACAGGUGGCGCAAAGACCACGGAUGUACUCCAAACCCAGAUGACAUGAUCGCGCUACGUCCCGGGAUGAACCAGGUUACAGAUCUUCAUGCCCUCGGAAUCAUACAGACUAUGUCGCAUGUCUCUAUGGACGUGUUGCCGAACAUGGACAAUGCUGAUGUCAAGGAUUACUACGCCGGCCAUACCAUACAACACAGUCAUCGCCUCCGCAUCCGCACGCCCAUCACAUGGAUCAACGAGAACGGGAAGAGGAGCGCCGCUGUUCAAGCCAACAUCACCUCCAACGAGACGGUAGCAGCUCCCGCCAACGGCGCCGAAGCCCGGGUUCCAGAUCUUCAAGCACCCAAUCUGCCCUUCAUCGAUCCUCAACUCGCGACCGCCAUUCGCCAAGUCACCGAAGAGCCUUCUUCCCAUCCGCCAAUGGCAAUCCCGGGUCUUGGGCUCCAGCCACAAGCUCCGCCAGGCAACAACAACAUGCAGCUCCAGAUCAUCCCUCCCGCCAACAUCAUCACCAUACCUUCUUCAUCCUCAUCGGAGGAUCCCCGCUAUCCUGCUCUAUCCCCCACGGCUAGCCUACAGCUGCACUACGAGAAGCUGUUGCAUGAGCGCGACCAGCGAGAGCUUCAAUACAUUGCUGAGAGCAAGGACAAGGACAGGAUGAUCAGGACGCUCAAGGCUAAGCUUGGAUGGUCUUUGGAAUAG